UACCAUUGAGGUUUGUUACCUAAACUAGUGACUUCAUAUGGUUGUUUAAAUGCUUAAGUCAAAAUAUUGCAUUGAAAAAGUAAAAAAAAAAAAUAAUAACAAAAUCAGUAGGAAGAUUAAAACGGCGUCGUAUGAUUCUUCAUCUUCAACGUUGCAAGUAAUCUGUUCAUCGGUGAUUGAAUCACAACAGUGGCUUUCUCUUCCUAUCUUGCUUACUCUCCGUCUGAACAUGGCGGUCGCGCCCUACACGACCGGUUCCGCACCUCGUCUUUGUCCCCCUUCAAGUUGCGCUACAAAAAUCUACACCGGGUUGAAACCCCAAUCUGCGAGUCCUUUUGGUGCGGCUAUACCUAACGUCAACGCUGAGUUUUAUGCCAAAGUUGAUAAGACUCUUCAGUGCCGGUAUGCUAACCACAAACCAGUAAGAGCACGAAUUCAAAUGAUGCCUAUAGGAACUCCGAGAGUCCCAUAUAGGACACCUGGUGAAGGAACUUGGCAAUGGGUUGAUAUAUGGAAUGCCCUUUAUCGAGAACGUGUUAUCUUCAUUGGACAAGAGAUAGAUGAAGAAUUUAGUAAUCAAAUAUUGGCAACUAUGCUGUAUCUUGACAGCGUAGAUAACGCCAAGAAGCUCUAUAUGUACAUCAAUGGUCCUGGUGGGGAUCUUACACCAACCAUGGCUAUCUAUGACACCAUGCAGAGCUUGCAAAGUCCUGUAGCCACCCAUUGUGUUGGCUAUGCUUAUAAUCUUGCAGCAUUUCUCCUUGCGGCUGGAUUGAAGGGAAAUCGUUAUGCAAUGCCUCUUUCAAGAAUUGCGCUCCAAUCUCCAGCAGGAGCUGCUCGUGGUCAGGCUGAUGACAUCCAGAAUGAAGCAAAUGAACUUCUUAGAAUCAGAGAUUACCUUUUCAAUGAGUUGGCUACCAAAACAGGCCAGCCUGUUGAGAAGAUUACCCAAGACCUGAGCAGGAUGAAACGUUUCAAUGCACAAGAGGCUCUUGAAUAUGGGCUCAUUGAUCGAAUUGUCAGGCCACCCCGCAUAAAGGCUGAUGCACCUGUCAAGGACGGAAGCACAGGGCUGGGUUAAGAACUCAUGAUUUGCAAUCCACAUGCUGAGUAAUUAUUGCAGAAUCAAAAUGUUCCUCAUGUUAUAUUUCCUUCACCAAUUUUUGCAAGAUGUGUAACGUUUGAUAGUUAUAUAUAUUUUCAUGUAUCUAGAAAUGGAUGAAUUCCAAUUCUUAUUGAUAGCAGUAACAGAAGGUGGCUGAAGUUGCUGCCUAACUUUACAACACCCUCCUUUCUUGUCCCUUGCUCUCCAUUGUCCAAUCUCAUCUCAGUGCGUGAAAAAGAACUAAUAUCAUCUCCCCAAAUGAGAUUUGUGAGCAAAGUAAAGGAGAGUAAGACACAAACAUUACUAAUAAAAUAUUCAUUUUAAUGCAUUAAGAAGUUC